CAUAGAUGUUGUAGUGGAAACAGCCUUUUCCUUCCACUCCACACCCUCAUCUACCAUCAGGGAGGGUAGGACAGGAAAACUCCCUUGGCAUCAAGUAUAAAAGCAAUGGGGUAGUGGGGAUCCCAGACACAAGCAUCACCACCAGUGAACAUUAAAGGAAGAUCCUGGGAUCACUCACAGCUAAAGGGAUGAAAAGAACUAUUCAGCAGCUACAGUGUGGUGAAAGACAGCACUUGCCUCCUACAAUCAAGAAAUCAAACUCCAGCAACAAAGCCCGACUCCCAGCAGCCAUCUGGAAUUUCUCCUCACUGUGCUGUGAGCUUAUUUGAAUUAUUCCUUGAAGAGAGACAGAGAGAAAAGCCCAGAACUCUUGGAAAUUAAAUGGAAGACAGAGAAAAACCUAAAUGGUAACAUUGUAACAUUGCCCCUCCAGUUUCAUUUACAGCUUAAUUGUGAUACAUUCUAAAACAUUUGCCAUUAACACAAAUAUAACAACAUAGAAAUUAGGACUACUAGUGCUUAUUUAAGUGCCAAUUGUCCAUGGAUUCUUGUUCUAAAGACUGUUACUAAAACAUCCUGUAAGCCAACUGCUUCUCCAAAGAUCCCGACUUCAGCACAAGAUGGUGCCAUUAGGCUAUAAUGAUAAACACUUUGUGUAUGCACAAGACUGUCAGCAGCAAGCUACAAAGAAUUUGCCUAUGCAUUAUUAUACAGGUGAUAAACUAAACCAACCUUACAGCCAACCUAUGUGCAAAGAACAAUCCCCAAAUAUGGUCAGAGAGUCCCCAGCAAGCUUUAACAAGAAGGUCCAGAACUUCUCUGCAUUGUCUCCUCCGAACUCUAAAAUGACUCAAGGCUCCUCCUAUAACAGAGCUAAGAAAUCACCACCAUUGUUAUACUCCAAAUGCUCAGCAACAGCUUCAAAAGACUCCCUCUUGAAAGGUUCAUCACAUCACUCUUGGAAAUCCGUGGACUCGUCUUUGUCUCACCACAAAUCUCAGACAACAUCUUUAUCUAGCUUUACCAGUACUUCAUCUUUGGAACCUAGCAAACUAUGUUCCAGAUCAAGAUUACCCCUCCCAAGGACACAGACAUCAUCGAGCAUUGACCUUUGCUGGAAAUCACCUUCAUUGGAGUCUAAUCAAAGAGUCUCAACAUCAUCAUCUUCCCUCCAAAAUCACGAGCCACCAGCCCUAAAUAUCAUCUGGACUACACCUUCCUUGGAAUCUAGUCAAACUGAACAUAACUCACAAUUAUGUAAAUCUAAGUCACAGAAGGAUUCCUCACUAGACCACAUUUGGUCAUCUCUAUUAGAAUCCAGUCAAAAAGCGUUGAGUUCACCAUCAUUCACCCACAGACUUCAAAGAAACAGCUUUCCUCCAACUCCAUCAUCUCUUGAAUUCAAUCGAGUGGCUCAGAAUUCACCACUACAUGAGUGUAAUAAGCCUCUGAAAAUUCCUCUAUCAAACACUAAUAACAAUGUUUUGAAUUUACCAUUGUCCCAAGCAAAAUCCAGAAAAUCAACUCCAUCAUCACAUUAUUUUCUACCAUCUCAGAGUUUAUCAUCGUGCCAGCCUAAACCUAAAAUAGGGGCUAGAUGCAAUCCUAGCACCCGGGCCAUCAACACAACUGUUUGCCAACCCAAGGUCACUGCUUCACUCAGUGACAAACAAAGACCUCGUCAGCUACUAUCAAUUAAUUCUAAACCAAAUAUCUCAAGCCAAAGAAUAUCAAGUCCUAAGCCCUGUAUCAAGAACAAAAGUGCUCCAGUCCCGUCUUCCAGACUGCCGAAUAAAUGUAGAUUUGAAAAAAGUGUGAAAUCAGAGCCAGAGAAUGAAAUCCUAUGGUCCUUAGAUUAUAGUCAUCCCUGCAUUAUUAAAGGUGGUAGUGUUCCUGGUGAUGUUGUAAAUAAAAUUGUCAAUUCCAUCUCCAAGUCUACCAUCCAGAAGGAUCUCUCUAGGCAAAUUCUCUUUCGAAGAAUGAGAGGAAAGCCAAAUCCUCGUCCUGGUCCCCGCCUUUCAUCAACAUAUUCUGUUUGUUUAGACUGUGCUUCUGCCAUAAAAUCUCAGUGUAACCAUCUUACAGGAAAGAGAGAUCCUCGAUGUGCAACCCUCUUUGUCAUACCAACACCCGAGAGCGGCAGAGAUGGGAAAGCAGACGUGAAAAUAGUCCUUAUCCUUUCUCUACCAGAGAUGCCUUCCUCACCCUGUUUCCAACUUCCUAUGAAAGACAGUCAAUCUGAAAAUAAUUUAGAAGCUCUCGAUGGUAAUCUGGACGUAAUAGAGAAGAUAACGCAGCUUUUCCCUGCUUCUGAAUCCGAUUUUAUCCAGGGGCUCAAGACAAAUCGAAAGUAUUUGGCUGUAUCUCCCGAGAGCAAAGAUUUAAGCCAAGAGCCCCAGUCUAUUGAUUGGCUGCUGUACGUUAAAAACAGCAAUGGUAUUCAGUCCGAAACCCAGGUUCAAGGCCCAUCCGCCACUUCCUCUUCCUCCUGCUCCUCUCUUUCCUCCUCUUCCUCCUCUUCGUCUACUGGACAUUCCUCUGCGCCCACUCCUUGCACAAAUCCUGCUCCAACUCCUGGUUCAGGUUAUGCUCUUGCAAAGGUGAGAAGUUACCACCAGUUACCUCCAGGGACCUCCUGGCUUGAAUUCAUAAGGGGUUCAAGGUCUGACACCACCAAACUAAGACAAUUGCCAUCAGUCAAAACCAAGCCUGUGAGCUCUCACAAUACGAAAUGCUUGAAAAAGGGGAGAAAGGAGACCAGCGCGCUGCUCAAAUAUUUCCAAACAAAGUUUCAAAAUGAGAAAUCCUGAUUAAAUCAACUUUCUGUCUCUUUGAAA